CGAUGCACCCAAACUGGUAAACAAACGACGCACGGGUGAAUAUGCGGUGGGUGCUUGUCAGAAUUCGAUAAUAGUGUUUGAAAGUUUACUACAUUUUUGGAGGUGUUUGUGCAUCACUUAUAAAUACAUUAAAUAGAUAAUGUGACACGGAGCUCAAUGCAGGACGUGAUUGGUGAUACGAGAACAAUGGCUCUUGAGAAAAGGAAAUAUGAGUGCAGUGCUUUACCUAAGGGAUGGCAGCGAGAAGAAGUAAUCAGAAAGUCCGGCCUAUCUGCCGGAAAAGUCGACGUUUAUUAUUAUAGCCCAAAUGGGAAGAAGUUUCGCAGCAAACCACAACUGGCUCGAUACCUGGGCGACGCUCUAGACCUCGCCACGUUCGAUUUCCGGUCUGGCAAAAUCAAUUCCCUGCUUCUCCGAAAAAACAAGAAGCAGAGGGGAACUCAGUUUGAUUACAGCAGGGGUGUCCGCAAUGAUGCCUCUCUAGUACCUCCAAUCAGGCAGACAGCAUCAAUUUUCAAACAGCCUGUGACUGUGCACAAGAUGCAAGAAGGCAAAGUGAAAACAGAUUUCAAGCAUGGUCCACAGGAGAAGCCAAAGCAGCUGUUCUGGGAAAAACGCUUAGAGGGGCUUCGUGCAUGUGAUCUCGACGGUACAGAGUUCGAUGCUAUGGAGCUGCCUCGUGCGCUUCGACCAGUGGGCCCACAUGUUGGUGAUGAGACGUUGCUGCAGUCAGUUGCAACAGCACUGCAUGUUUCUGCUCAACCUGUUACUGGUCAGACAGGAUCUCGAACUGUUCUAGACAAAAAUCCUGGUGUAUUUCUCAACCCUGAGCAACCCCUUGUGCAGGCUGUAACCAUUGCAGAUGAAGAUAUCAAACGCCAAGAGGAGCGUGUUGCAAGUGCUCGUAAGAAACUUCAGGAAGCUCUCAAGAGAAUUGUAGCAUAGCAGAAUAUCGUAAUUGAAAUGUGACUGUUUGGGUACUGACAGACAGGUUGUCUUAUUCACUCAGGUUGUGGCAUGUGUUGCAGGAAGGUGUAGUUGUGUGUGAAACUGUUGUGUGGUUCCAUUGGUAUACACAGUGCAGCAGUGCUCUUUGAUCUCACAUUUUGUAAGCACAGACUGAGUCAGAUUUGUUCUUGGACUAGUUUUCUUAUAUUGCCUUGACAAAGCAAAGAAUCUUUCCCCUUGGAGGACACUACGAAUUAACAAAAUAAAUGCAAUAAUUCUGUCGAUAUAAAGACUAAAAGUGAUUUUUAUGGCCUAUGACAACUAAAUGUACUUCAUUAUUGUAAUACUUCCAUUAAUGAAUAAAUGUGUACAGGUUGUGUGUAAAUUAUUAAUAUCUAA